ACAAAGGUGAAGCAGGUCCUCCAGGCCCACCUGGAAUUGCCAUCGGCCCAGGACCCUCCGGAGAGAAAGGAGAGCGGGGGUACCCGGGCGCCCCAGGGUUGAGAGGAGAGCCAGGCCCCAAAGGGUUCCCAGGAUUACAAGGCCAGCCAGGUCCUCCAGGCUUCCCGGUACCAGGGCAGGCGGGUGCUCCUGGCUUUCCUGGUGAAAGAGGCGAGAAAGGUGACCAAGGGUUUCCAGGCACCUCUUUGCCAGGACCAAGUGGAAGAGAUGGGCAACCGGGCCCCCCUGGGCUUCCCGGGCCCCCUGGACAGCCAGGCCACACGAAUGGAAUUGUGGAAUGUCAGCCUGGACCGCCUGGGGAUCAGGGUCCCCCUGGAAUUCCGGGGCAGCCAGGGCUCACGGGCGAGGUUGGAGAAAAAGGUCAGAAAGGAGACAGCUGCCUCAUCUGUGACACAGAAGGACUUCGUGGGCCCCCUGGGCCGCAGGGCCCCCCAGGAGAAAUAGGUUUCCCAGGACAGCCAGGGCCGAAGGGCGACAGAGGCUUACCCGGCAGAGAUGGUCUGGAAGGAUUGCCUGGCCCGCAAGGCACACCAGGGCUGAUGGGCCAGCCAGGAGCCAAGGGAGAGCCUGGCGAGAUUUACUUCGACGCACGGCUCAAAGGAGACAAAGGAGACCCAGGCUUUCCAGGACAGCCCGGGAUGCCAGGCAGAGCAGGGUCUCCUGGGAGAGAUGGCCAUCCGGGUCUGCCUGGCCCCAAAGGCUCCCCGGGUUCAGUAGGAUUGAAAGGAGAGCGUGGACCCCCUGGGGGAGUUGGAUUCCCCGGCAGUCGAGGUGACAUCGGCCCUCCUGGGCCUCCAGGGUUUGGCCCUAUUGGCCCUGUUGGUGACAAAGGACAAGCGGGUUUUCCGGGGACCCCUGGAUCCCCAGGCCAGCCAGGUCCCAAGGGUGAAGCAGGAAAAGUUGUGCCCCUACCUGGUCCCCCUGGAGCACAAGGACUUCCGGGAUCCCCAGGCUUCUCAGGGCCACAAGGUGACCGAGGCUUUCCUGGAACCCCAGGAAGGCCAGGCCUCCCCGGAGAGAAGGGCACUGUCGGCCAGCCCGGAAUCGGAUUUCCAGGGCCCCCCGGCCCCAAAGGUGUUGAUGGCUUACCUGGAGACGUGGGACCUCCUGGGAGUCCGGGUCGCCCGGGAUUUAACGGCUUACCUGGCAACCCGGGUGUGCCCGGCCAAAAGGGAGAGCCGGGCAUUGGUCUACCAGGACUCAAAGGAUUGCCGGGUCUUCCCGGCAUUCCCGGCACACCUGGAGAGAAGGGGAACAUCGGGGGAGCAGGCGUUCCUGGAGAGCAUGGUGCUAUCGGCCCCCCAGGCCUUCAGGGAAUCAGAGAGCCCAAGGCCCGAGGGCCCCAGCAGACUUCUGGGGAGGCCCUCAGUGGGCCUCCCGAUUCCCGCGAGGGCUCCGGCGAGGUCCGGGUGCGGGACGAGGCCCCCAGCGGCCACACGGGCCGCGCCGGCUGGGGCGGAGACCCCGUCUUUCUGCAGGACGGCCCGCCGCCGCCCUCCCGCUAG